AUGAAGUUGAUCUCUAUUGCGGAUUCUACCAUCUGCGAAGAGUAUCUUCCAAGGAUCGUCGAUCGAGUUACUGCUUUACACUUAUCGAAUGGCACGGACACUUCUGAUCAGAUCGAAGAUGUUCUCAAUUACUAUAUGCCACUUCAGAUUGACUUGCUGCAUAAUCAACAAGAAAACAUAGAACGAGAAUUAUGGAAAAUUCCAUCAACCAUAUCACUGAAGCUGUUUGUUCGUGAUGCAACAUUCAAUGGCCGAAGUUUUUUAAAACAAAUGCCUAACCUACGUGAUUUAACAGUGAAAUCAAUAGGUACAUAUGCUGGUGCGCUAAACAGCUUGUUAAAAAAUCGCCUGAAUGAUUCAGAACCAUAUGAUACUGUACAAACCGAUUUCUCAAACAUCAACGCACCCUUUCGCUUUUCGAAUGUUUGUCACAUGUGUAUUGAUUUACCGUUUCAUAAUCACAUAUGGUCUAUUACUCCCACCCUUGACCACCUUCAUUCAUUAAGGGUGUCAUUUCACGAAUGUAAUCUCGAAGUCAAAGGUCAAUUUCAGGCAACUUUUCCAUGGAAUUAUAUCGAAGAUACCGACGAAAAAUAUCUGAGCAAUGAAUGUUCAAAUAUCAAAUGGCAACAAUAA